UAUCCCUCCUGCUCGAUACCCUCGAUCGCGUCCCUCUUCCCACCCACGCCAUUGCCCGUUUUCGCCCCAAACCAUCGCGCCUUGUUGACCAAAUCCUCGUGAUACAAUUGCGAUUAGAGCCGGCUGAGAAGGCAACGACGAGGCCCGGCGUAAAAAAGAACUCCGCUCCGCUCCCAACCAAAACCAUUGAGGUAGAUAAUUCAUGGCAUCUUCCGAUGAUGAAGAGGUGGUAGUUACACAAUCCAUUACAAACUACCAUUUUGUGGACAAAGAUGGUGUUCCUAUCUCGUUUUCAACUUUACCGAUCAUUAUGGAUGAUGAAAAGGCGAAAGAUCCUAUACACGAAGUAUCGGUUCGUGGAACCAUGGAUGGAGGGCUUCAGUCGGUCUUCAAAGAUGUAGUUGCUUGGAGGUUGAGAUUGGAGGGCGAUGGUCCAGAGAUAUUUGUGCUUUCUAAGGACACCAAAUGGAUAAAACUGGAGAAGCCAAAGAAGAGCUAUGAGGAGUCCAUCAGAACAACAUUGAUAACAAUUCAUUUGCUUCAUUUUUCAAAAAAUAAUCCGGAAGCAUCUGUGAAGAGCUUUUGGGAACAUCUGCGCCAAGCCUUAAAUUCCUUUGAUGAUAGACCGAGCGAGGAUGAGUUCGAAAAAAAUAUUCAAUUGAUUAAGCUGUUCAUGGAGAGAGAUGAAGGCUUAGCCAAGUCACAGAUUCUGUUGACGUUUUUGGAGAACCCCAAAAAGGUUUUUGUCGAGGAUUUUCAUAAUAGUUUAGAAGAAAAGCCUUUUAUUAUUGAUGAUGAGUUGGAAGAUGGCAUUGGUAUUGAUGAUGGCGAGGAGUCCGAGGAAGAAUCAGACUUAUUUGAUUCUGUGUGCGCCAUUUGUGAUAAUGGUGGUGAAUUGCUUUGCUGUGAAGGAAGAUGCUUGAGGUCCUUCCAUGCAACUAGGAGAGCUGGAGAAGAUUCUGAUUGUGCAUCGCUUGGCCUCACCAGGUUUCAAGUUGAGGCUAUGCAAAACUUUUUGUGCAAGAACUGCCAGCUCAAGCAACAUCAGUGUUUUGCCUGUGGGAAGCUUGGUUCUUCUGAUAAAUCCGGAAAUCCUGAGGUUUUUUGCUGUGUUUCGGCGACAUGUGGUCGUUUCUACCAUCCCAAGUGUGUUGCUGAUUUGUUAUUUCCAGAAAAUAAAGUCGAAGCAACUGAGUUGGGGAAAAGAAUAGCUGGUGGGGAGUCUUUUACUUGCACAGUGCAUAGAUGUAUUGUUUGUAAACAAGUUGAAAACAAGGAGGUUGAGGAGUUGCAGUUUGCGAUAUGUAGAAGGUGCCCUAAGGCAUAUCAUAGAAAAUGUUUGCCAAGGAAAAUUGCCUUUGAGGACGAUGAAGAUGAAGACAUCAUCCAAAGGGCGUGGGAAGGGCUUCUUCCCAAUCGCAUCCUUAUAUACUGUUUGAAGCAUGAGAUUGAUGAGGAGCUUGGAACUCCCUAUAGAGAUCACAUCGUAUUUCCUGAACUUCAUGAAAAGAAAAGGGAAACGGAUGUCCAAAAACCUAAACCGAAGAAAUCUUUAGUGGCUUCUGCCAGAAUACCAGGCGAUCUAAAGUUUUCAAAAUUUGCCAAAAGAUUUGAGAAGGUUCCCGUGACUGAUUCAGAUGAUUCUAUGUCAACUGGUGGUAAAGUAUUUACGCAAAAAGUUUUGGACUCUAAGUGGGAAAUUCCUAAGAAUGAUGCAAAAUCUGCUGUGAAGAGACUUGAAUCAACGGAAUUAAUGGAAUUUGGUUCAACAAAAUUUGCUAAACCAAUUCUUGACGGUGACAAGGCUUUAACUGCCAAGGCGAAAGUUUCAAAAUCUGCAGUUGCUGUGCACGGGAAACUUAUUAAUACAGCUCCGAAGAUAUUGCCUGAAAUAAGAAAAGAUAUUCUUUCUUUAGUGGAAGAAGAAUCAUCUUCAUUAACUCAAGAUGACAUCCGGAAAAUGCUCUCAAGACCUUCCACUUAUGGAUCUUCUGCAGGACAGAUUGAUAAGAGUAUCACACUUGGAAAAAUUGAGGGUGCAAUUGAGGCUGUUCGCACUGCUUUGGAGAAAUUAGAAGGAGGUGGAAAUGUGGAGGAUGCUAAAGCUGUGUGCGAGCCUGAAAUUCUUAAGCGUUUAAUCAAGUGGAAUGUUAAACUGAAAGUAUAUCUUGCACCUGUUCUACAUGGUGCACGCUACUCAUCAUAUGGCCGUCAUUUUACGAAGUUUGAUAAGCUUCAGGAGAUUGUUGAUAAGCUCCAGUGGUAUGUACAAGAGGGUGACAUGAUAGUCGAUUUCUGUUGCGGUGCAAAUGAAUUCAGUAUUCUGAUGAAAGAAAAGCUGGAUUCUACUUCAAAGAAAUGCUCAUUUAAGAACUAUGACAUUCUUCAAGCCAAGAAUGAUUUCAACUUUGAGAUGAGAGAUUGGAUGACAGUUCGACCUGAUGAAUUACCAACUGGGUCAAGAUUGAUUAUGGGCCUCAAUCCUCCAUUUGGAUUAAAUGCUCGUCUGGCGAAUCAAUUUAUAGACAAAGCUCUUACUUUCAAGCCAAAGCUUCUUAUUCUUAUUGUUCCAGAAGAAACUCGGAGGUUAGAUCAGAAGAAUCCACAGUAUGACUUGAUCUGGGAGGACCGCGCAACCCUCUCUGGGAAGUCAUUUUAUUUACCUGGUUCGAUCGAUGUGCAUGACAAGCAAAUUGAGCAGUGGAAUGUGAAACCGCCAGUUCUCUACUUAUGGAGUCGCCCUGACUGGACAUCAAAGCACAAGAGCAUAGCUUCGAUUCAAGGUCACACGUCCACGCUCCUACCAUCUCUCGUCCACAAAGAUUCUCAAACAAAUAGCGGAGAAGAAGCUUCUAUAGCUAAUAGGACCACGGAAGAGAAGCACAAGAAGGAUGCUAAUCAAGGGGACAAAGAAAGCAUGCCGCUAAAGCAGAAGGGCCAUGCAUCCUCGGAGCCUGCCUCUGGAUUUGAAGCACAAAUUCAAGCUGAACGGAACGAAGAGAGUCCUGAACAGCAAGAAGCUGGCAGCAAAAAGAAACAAAUCCAGGAAAGACCCAAGAAGAGGGAAGCUGGUUCAGUUCAGAAAGAAGAAUCAAGUGGGAGAGAAGUUCCCAACAAGCAGCAGCGUUCAGAAGAACGGCCUGAGAAGAAGAGUGCUGUUCCAGGGGGAAAGGAUGACAAGCCAGACCCAGGCAAAAAAAAUUCUGAGCAAAGCAAGAAGCGGAAAUCUUCGGAAUCGCGCAAGGAUAAUUCUGAAAUGUCUAAGGAGGAGCAAAAACAUCCUAAGAAAGUGAAAGGAGGAAACUCAUCAGAACAUGGCGUGAGCAUUUCGCCACCUGAUAGAAGGGAGCCAGCAGAUCUUUCUGUGACUAAGUCGGGAGCCUUCGAAGUUCCUUUUGACAGGGGAACCAGUCAUGGCGCAUAUUCUGGCUCCGGAAUCGAGAUGAGAAAUAUUUCUUCGGUUGGGCGGCCUUCCAGCAUCCAUGACGAUCCAGAUCUGAUUCCUAGGAGGUAUAACAGCGCAGAAAGGGAUAGCUUCUACAUGAACAGCCCCCAUGGCCCAUCUGUAACCGAGGCUUACACGGAUGAAAGGCUUCGGGGUUAUAAUACUAUAGACCCUUUCAACCCAAAUCCCUAUGCGAGAAAUGGGUACGGAAGACCUGAUUCAGAUUCAAGAACGCAAUCUAGAACUUACGGUUUGCAAAGCGACGAAGUCUCAAACAGUUACGGAAGAUCCUCUGAUACUGAUUCAAGGCCGCAGUUCGGAAGUUACAGUCUGCAUGCUGAAGAAGUCAGAAAUGGUUAUGGAAGGCCGAUCGAACCAGAAGGACGAACACAGAUUAGAUCUUACGGUCUUACUGACGAUGCGGAUUUAGGGAACAGGUACUCAUUGGGAGGUUCGGGAUCUCAAUCACUGGGGCAGCCGAGUCUGUACCCUUCGUCUUCUUACAGGUUCCUAAGUCCUUCUCCAGAGGCAUCAGCUAUGCAGAGAUAUGCGCCUCAGCUUGAUGAGAUGAACCAUUUGAGGGCUCAACCUAUGAGUCCCGGCAUUCCCUUUCCUUCCAGGGUUAACAUCCCACCGGAUUCUUUUGGCUUCGCACCCGGAGCUGCUUCUUCAUAUCCAAACCAUCGCUCCUUUGGUGGUGGUGGUGGUGGUGUUGGUGGUGGUUGGAUUGAUAAUUGAUGCUUCUUACAGAUUUUUGUGCUCUGGUAUCAUAGUUUUGGACUUGUUGGAGCUUGUAUAAUGCCUUUUAAAUUGCUGGAUUUCUAACGCUGAUAUUUCCCGAGGAACUUUUUUAUAGUAAAUCUUCAUGAAUAUUCUUAAUUCCCUA